GUUAGUUAACGGCUCUGUCUUGAUGCUGACGUCAGCUUUAAGGCAUACGUUCACAUACAGGUCUUGAGAUUCGUUGGGGGAGUACCACCGAGCUUAAUUCAGACUGGAUUGCGAUUGAUAUUCAUAGUCAAUCCUGUGACCCCCAAUUUAUUCGAAUACAGAGAUUCAAAAUGUUUGUGUGGGAUUGGUUAACAGGAGUCCUGGGCAUGCUUGGCCUCUGGAAAAAGUCUGGAAAGCUUCUCUUCCUUGGACUUGAUAACGCAGGAAAAACAACACUUUUGCACAUGCUGAAGGAUGACAGGAUGGCUCAACAUGUACCCACUCUUCACCCCACGUCAGAAGAGUUAUCGAUUGGCAACAUGAGGUUCACCACAUUUGAUUUGGGUGGCCAUACUCAAGCUCGGCGGGUUUGGAAAGAUUAUUUCCCAGCUGUGGAUGCAAUUGUGUUUCUCGUCGAUGCCUUUGACACCCAACGUUUUCCAGAAAGUAAAAACGAGCUAUGCUCGCUUUUAGCCGAUGAGCAAUUGGGACAUUGUCCUAUUCUUAUACUCGGCAACAAGAUCGACAGGUCUGGAGCAGCUUCCGAAGAUCAAUUGCGUUCUUAUUUUGAGCUGCACAACACUACCGGAAAAGGCAAAACGCCAAGAUCUGAGUUAUCCUCUCGGCCCUUGGAAUUGUUCAUGUGUUCAGUUCUGAAGCGUCAAGGCUACGGCGAAGGUUUCCGCUGGCUAGCUCAAUACAUUGACUGAAAAUAUAAACGUUCGAGUCGGGGAGGAGAAUAAACACACCUUCCGUACCCCCUCCUCUUCCAAUCUUUUAUUAUUAACCGAAAAGAAAACAAAUCCAAAACGAUUCCUAUUCGUUCCCCCCUUGCGCUCGCUCCUUUUUUCCGGUUUGUAACAGAUAACGAGAUAACUUCAGCAAAAGUAAUAUAUCGGCUCUCGGUUUCUGUCCCUUAAAGUAAUUUCUGUCGAUAAUUUCAAUAUAUUUUUUGAGUCGUU